GGCGAUGCGUACUGAUGUUGACCGGUAUCGUCAUAGAGGUUAAAGAAGCGUAUAAAAGGUAAAACAACGAGCAUCCGUUUUCAUUUCAAGGAAACUUAUUUCGAGAUUUAUUUAGACGUUAUGGGCGCACGAUAAGAUUGAUUGAUCAUACAAGAGAGAUAGAAUAACGAUCACGCACGUUACUGAAUUCUAAGUAUACAUAUAUAGAUAUAAAUAUACAAAUAAAUUGUCGUCGAGCCUGUACGAACGUAGAGAGUUCAACUUGUUGGAUUCGUCAUCACGAACGUUCGAGAACGCUACUCACGGACGAGGCAAACAAGGUUAUAUUAUCACGAAUCGUGAUAUAAUUAGGUGUCUGAUAAUACCAAAGAGUAGGAUCAAUGAGCUCUCAACAAAGUCCAGCCGCUCUGCAAACUACCGUCGACCGCGAGAAGGUCUACACAUGGAUAAUCGAGCUGUCAAAUCCGGACACCCGGGAAAAUGCUCUGUUGGAAUUGAGUAAAAAGCGCGAAGUGGUGCCUGAUCUGGCACCGAUGCUCUGGCAUUCAUUUGGCACCACGGCCUCUUUGUUGCAAGAGAUCAUCAACAUCUAUCCCGCAAUUAAUCCUGCAACUCUAACUGCUUAUCAAAGCAACCGGGUAUGCAAUGCUUUGGCGCUUUUGCAAUGCGUGGCCAGCCAUCCGGAAACAAGAUCUGCAUUCCUACAGGCUCAUGUUCCAUUAUUUCUGUAUCCAUUUCUGCAUACUGUUAGUAAAACACGUCCGUUUGAAUAUUUGAGAUUGACAAGUCUCGGGGUGAUUGGUGCACUUGUCAAAACAGAUGAGCAAGAAGUGAUUACUUUUCUUCUUACUACGGAGAUUAUCCCACUGUGUCUGCGAAUUAUGGAAAGUGGUUCUGAAUUGAGUAAAACUGUAGCAACAUUUAUACUACAGAAAAUUUUGCUGGAUGAUAGCGGCUUGUCUUAUAUCUGUCAAACAUAUGAUAGAUUCAGUCAUGUCGCUAUGAUAUUGGGAAAAAUGGUUUUAUCCCUAGCAAAAGAUCCUUCUGCAAGAUUACUUAAACAUGUUGUGAGAUGUUAUCUAAGAUUAUCUGAUAAUCCGAGAGCAUUGUUAGCCUUAAGACAGUGCUUACCAGAUCAAUUAAGAGAUAAUACUUUUGCAACAUGCUUGCAAGAGGAUGCUUCAACAAAGCAUUGGUUGUCCCUACUUCUGAAAAACUUAGAGACUGGUCCACAACCUGGUCCGCCGACACAACCAGGACAAGAUCCUCGGACAAUUGGCAUGUCACCACUCGCUUCCUGAACUUUUUAAAUCUC